GGUAAAAACUCCGGCUGUUAUGUUCUGUCCGUUGAUGCUUCGAAAGAUACUUUUUUUUUCAAAAAAAAAACAAAGCAAUGAUUUUUAUGACUCGUUUGGUAAAAAAUAUCGCCUUUUUGCCCAAAAAAGCAAACUUGCUAUAGCUCCGUCAUUAUCUUACAUGCACCGACCAAUUCCUCAAUCGUCUCCGUCGUCUUUCUUUUGUCACCCGCCGUCUUUUCCCUAAUCCGGCAUCGAUUUUCCCGGCUACGACCUUCCAUCUCCGUCGUGUUCUAUCGAAUUGCUGAUUCCCCCAACGUAUUUCAGGCUCUGUAGCUUAUUGUUGUGGUGAUGAUUGUGUUUUCAUAGCUUCAGACACUUUUGGUCAUAAAGUGUUCCUGAGAAUGGCUCAGGGACAGCAUAGGAUGGUUCCUCAGCCAGGACAAAUGCAGAGUUCUGCUUCUGGUGUUUCGUCUCAGCCUAAUAUGGCCAAUGGCGUAAACCAAGAUGGUAUCAGAUUACGGCAGGAGAUGCUGAACAGAAUCUACGUUUGGUUACAGCAGAGGCAGCCUUCAAAGACUGAUGAUGCCUCAAAGGCAAAGUUAUUUGAGGUUUCAAAACGGUUAGAAAGUGUAAUGUUCAAAACGGCCACCUCAAAGGAGGCGUACUUAGAUAUCCAAAAUCUUGAGGCUCGCAUAAACUCUAUUCUGAAACAAAUGUUUGGUCAGCGCCCUGCUAAUCCUUCAAGUUCUGUCGGUAUGACUGUUCAGACGCCUGCGGUUUCUCAAGGAUUGCGUCAGAGUUAUACGGCCACCCCUAUGGUGGAUACGAGCACCUUCAACAGUAAUAACAACUUAGCAGAUGCAACAAGGGUUAUGCCAACUACUCGCAUGAAUGGAGGUUCAAUGAUUAAUGGUCACCAGCAACUAUCUGCGGGGUUUUCAGUUAGUUCUAAUGACAAUGGCCAGAUGAUUCCUACUCCUGGAUUUGCUAACGCUGACGUAUAUCAGUCUCUUCGAAAUGGAGAUGGUGGCAAUCUUAUGGCUGUUGGGAAUCCGUCUCAGCUGCAGAGGCAACAUGCUGCUGGUUCAAAUGACGGUAUGCAAUACAACCUUGAUCACCAGAUGGGAGGUGGUUUCAGGUCAAACAAUCACCAGAAUGCGUCUGGGAUGAUCAAUAUAUCUCAAAAUGCUGGUGUAGGGAUGAGUGGAAACAGUGAACACCUUGCUAAUGGUCACAUGGGAUCUGAAGGGGUCAUUAGUUCUACACAUUUUUCAAAUUCAUCCCAACCUUUGCAGCAGCCUGUUGAUCAGUUGCAGCAAGUGUCACAUGUUCACAGAUAUACAAUGAGCAAUUCUGAUACUUAUGGGACUGGGAAUCUCUAUGGAUCAUCUGGCUCAAUGGAAAAUGUUGUGGAUAUGAAUCCUAUGCGGAGAGUUGAUGUUUCCUUUGGUAGUAAUCAGUCAAGCCUACACGCAGUGGAAAGGACUCCGUUGAUUAAACGUCACGUACCUCAACAGUUUGAGAAUGGGAAUUUCCAAUCAUCUUCCAGCUCUAAAGAAAAUUUGGCUCAGGUGAGUCAUCAACCAGUAGAGAAUCAAUUCAACCAGCAAGCUCAUCAUGGUCAAUACCAGCAACAAGAGCAUUUGUUGAACAAUAAUGCUUAUCAUCAAUCUCAGCGAGCUUCAAAUUUUGUUAGUCAAGUUAAGCAUGAGCCUCGCACGGACUACUAUAAUGAAGCUUCUCAGCUGCAGGCUAUGAAUCAAGUAGAUCCAUCCAAGCUGCAAAACCAGUACAACCAGAACACUGUCAAGGACGAGUAUGUUGCUGCUCAGAGUGCACCAGUUUUUAGUAGCCAGCUAAACAAUUCACAAUCUCAUCAGACGCAGCAGAUACCACAAUGGAAAGAUUUGAAUAAUCACUCAGUUGGAGUGCAGCCAGUAUCAAGUCUGGGUCAGUGGCGUUCAUCUUCUCAGAACUUGACACAAACAUCAAAAGAUUCUAAUGGAGAGAGAGAACAGUUUGGGGUAAACUCAUCUCAAAGAUUACCUAUGCUGCUUGAAGCUGCUAAUGAUAGUUUGUCUGUAAGAGAGUCUGCAAACUGCCAAACUCUUGCUCCUAAAAGCACCCUGGAGGCUCCACAUCUCCCAGAAGGAAGCAACACACUUAGUAAACAGUUGAAUGGAGAUUGUGAUUCAAGUUACAUAAACCAGAGGCGGUGGCUUUUGUUCCUGCUACAUGUUCGCAAAUGCAAUGCAGCGGAGGAUAGAUGUGAGAGCAAGUAUUGUUUUACUGCCAAAACGCUACUGAAACAUAUCAACUACUGCAAGGCCCCUGCUUGCGCAUAUCGAUAUUGUCUUCAGACGCGGAAACUUAUUAAUCAUAAUAAGCACUGCGGGAAUGAAGCAUGCCCAGUCUGUGUUUAUGUCAAAAACUUCAAGGAGAAACAAAAAGAGAAGAUUGCUGUAGUCAGACAAGCUGAGCCUAGCUCAGGUAGUUUAGAUCAUAGACGCAAGGGAUCCUCUCAGUCUAUGCGUGCUUCUAGUGAAAGAGACUCUGAAGCUCCAUCUGUUGUUGAUGAUCUGCAACCUUCUCCUAAGCGUGUGAAAGUAGAGAAACACUCCCAGUUUGCUUAUCCUGACACACACAGCAUCCCAGCCAGAAGAUCUGUUGGUAUCGGUAAAGCUCAUUUGUCAAUGAGUUUGCAAGAGAAAUAUAGUAGUCUACAAAGUGAUGUGCCUAUGAAAGCAGAUAGUUCUGAUUCUUCGAGAAGGAAUGUUCCAGUUUCCCAUGAGCUGGAGAAGCCUGUUUGCAAAGAUAACCCCAUGAGAAGACAUGCUGGAGACUCUUCAUUGAAUGGUGAAACUGUUUAUCCACCAGAGCCCGAAAAACCAAAACGUAUGAAAGAACUAAGCGCACCCAAAGAAGAGAAAAUGGAACAGUCUGUAGGCGCUGUAGCUGCGUCUAAUAGUGGAAAGUCAAAGAUCAAGGGAGUCUCAUUAAUUGAGCUGUUCACUCCAGAGCAAGUAGAGGAACAUAUCCGUGGUCUUCGUCAGUGGGUGGGCCAGAGUAAAACCAAGGCAGAGAAAAACAAAGCAAUGGGACUUUCCAUGUCUGAAAACUCUUGCCAGUUAUGUGCUGUUGAGAGGCUUGCAUUUGAGCCAACACCUAUAUAUUGCACACCUUGUGGCGCGCGUGUCAAGAGAAAUGCUAUGCACUAUACUGUUGUGGUAGGCGAGUCGCGGCACUAUGUCUGCAUCCCUUGCUAUAAUGAAACGCGUACGAACACUGUUACUGUUGAUGGAACUCCUGUGCCGAAGCCAAGGUUUGAGAAAAAGAAAAAUGAUGAGGAGGUUGAAGAAUCGUGGGUGCAAUGUGAUAAAUGUCAAGCAUGGCAGCAUCAAAUUUGUGCUUUGUUCAACGGCCGUAGGAAUCAUGGGCAAGCUGAGUACACUUGCCCUAAUUGCUACAUACAAGAGGUGGAACAAGGAGAAAGGAAACCAGUAUCACAAGGUGUUAUUCUGGGGGCAAAAAGUUUGCCAGCCAGUAAUCUUAGCAACCAUUUAGAACAGCGGUUGUUCAAGAAACUGAGACAGGAAAGACAGGAGAGGGCUAGGCUUCAAGGAAAAAGCUACGACGAGGUCCCUGGAGCAGACUCACUUGUUAUCAGAGUUGUUGCAUCUGUUGACAAAAUAUUAGAAGUAAAGCCACGCUUUCUUGACAUUUUCAGGGAAGAAAAUUACUCAUCAGAGUUCCCUUAUAAGUCUAAGGCCAUUCUGUUGUUUCAAAAGAUUGAAGGUGUUGAAGUUUGCCUAUUUGGCAUGUACGUCCAGGAGUUUGGAACAGAUUCCGCCUCUCCCAAUCAGCGGCGUGUAUACCUUUCCUAUCUAGACUCGGUUAAGUACUUCAGACCUGACGUUAGAACUGUGUCUGGGGAGGCCCUUCGUACUUUUGUAUACCAUGAGAUUCUGAUUGGUUAUCUUGAUUACUGUAAGAAACGUGGGUUUUCAAGCUGCUAUAUAUGGGCAUGCCCUCCUCUUAAGGGUGAAGAUUACAUUCUCUACUGUCAUCCUGAGAUUCAGAAAACGCCAAAGACUGACAAACUAAGGGAGUGGUAUUUAGCAAUGCUAAGGAAAGCAGCCAAGGAAAAAGUGGUUGUUGAAUGUACAAACUUCUAUGAUCAUUUCUUCGUCCAAUCUGGGGAAUGUAGAGCUAAGGUAACAGCAGCAAGGCUGCCAUAUUUUGAUGGGGACUACUGGCCAGGCGCCGCCGAGGAUCUAAUAGAUCAAAUGAGCCAAGAAGAAGAUGGCAAGAAGUCUAAUAGAAAAGUAAUGCCUAAAAAGGUCAUAUCGAAAAGGGCUUUAAAAGCAGUUGGUCAGCUGGACCUUUCUGCCAAUGCCACUAAGGAUCUUCUGCUAAUGCAUAAACUGGGUGAGAUUAUCCUCCCAAUGAAGGAAGAUUUCAUCAUGGUUCAUUUGCAACAUUGCUGCAAACAUUGUUGCACUCUCAUGGUAUCUGGACAUCGGUGGGUGUGCCACCAGUGUAAGAACUUUCAGAUUUGUGACAAGUGUCAUGAAGUGGAAAAGAACCGUCUGGAAAAGGAGAGACAUCCAGUCAAUCAGAGGGAGAAGCAUGUACUAUAUCCUAUUGCCAUUGAAGACGUUCCUACUGAAAUCAAGGACAGCGAUGACAUCCUUGAGAGCGAGUUCUUUGAUACUAGGCAAGCUUUCCUAAGUCUUUGCCAAGGAAACCACUACCAGUACGACACACUGAGGCGAGCAAAACACUCUUCUAUGAUGAUUCUCUAUCAUCUCCACAACCCAACCGUCCCUGCAUUCCCAACGGCAUGCGCCAUCUGCCAGCAAGAGCUUGAACCUGCUCAAGGUUGGCGUUGCGAGGUUUGUCCUGACUAUGAAGUUUGCAGUGGUUGCUACUCAAAGGGCAUCAACCAUCCACACAGCCUCGUUAGCCGUCCAUCUGCGACUGAUUCUGUUGUUCAGAACACACAAACUAAUCAAAUCCAGACUGCGCAGUUAACAGAGCUGCUGCUACACGCGAUGGCAUGCUUCUCAGCGCAGUGCCAGUAUCCAAGGUGCCGCAUGAUUAAGCUUCUCGUCAGGCAUGGUGUUGCAUGCAAGAACAGAAACUCCUGCGUUCCUUGUAAGAGAAUGUGGUCCCUCUUCCGAAUGCACUCCCGGAACUGCAGAGAUCUCCAGUGCAGAGUACCCAAAUGCAGAGAGUUGAGAGCUCAUUUUAGUAGAAAGCAACAACAAGCAGAUUCAAGACGAAGAGCAGCUGUGAAGGAGAUGGUGCGGCAGAGAGCCACCGAUGCAGCAACCUCUACUUCUGACUGAUCAACAUAGACAGACAUGUUAUAUCUCUCGUCUAUGUGAUUAUUAAGGGGUGCGCUUUUUGAGCUCAUGCUUAGAAGAAAGGAUGCAAAUGGAGAAAAUAUCACAGAGGAAAGUCAUUUUACACAGCUACUGCUAAUUUAGGUUCCACAAGGAGGUAUAUAGUUAGAUGUUUUAUUAUUUAAUUUGAUGUAUUCUUAAGGUACAGACGAAUGUGUAUAUGUGAUUUUGAUUCAAAUUUUGGUGCUUCUUUUAACUUGAA